AUGGAUGAUGCCGUGAAGAAAAAGGUUUCAGGCGAAGCAGUCUCUCACCGCCAUCCAGCUGACUACGAAAUCUGGACCGACGGGUCCUACGCCGAAGAAACAUCUUCGGUCGUCGGGGCAGCCCUCAUAUUCAAGAAGGGCAGAGCGAAUUACCAAACAGUCUCUGUCGGUGGAAAUUGGUGCUCGAGCUUUCGCUCAGAAUGCCUGGCUCUACAUGCCGGCUUACGUCGCGUCAUCGCUGACAAGCUCCUCCACCGUGGCAAACGCCUCCUCGUUGCCACAGACAGUCAGUCUCUCCUGAUGGCCCUCAAAAGCCAUGCAGCAUGCGAGACCACCUCCACAUCCGCGGAGUGUGCUCAACAGCCUGGCUGGGCGAGGUGUAUAAAUCAAACUGGUCAAACAGGAGGUAUCUCCUCCUUGUUCAUUAUUUCACCGAUGACCAUCUCAAAGUCAAAUUUCCGCAAACAUAGACAGCGUGGCAAUCUUCGGGUCGCAUGCUUGCAGUCUUCUCGACGCAUCGCCUGUCGCAUAUGGGAGAGAAUUUUUGAACACCUUUUGAAACGAGUAACAACCCACAUACCUAAGUAG